GGCAAAUCAAUAAGUAGCAAGACGAAAGUAGCAGUGUUAGUUUUAUCACACUGAGGUCACUGACGAUAAUCGGCGGAGCGGUGCUGACAAAUAACGAAAACACAAACAGAGGAGAAUUUACAGAGACUGUUUCCUUGACGUGGCCUAAAAGCGGCCUUAAAACACAGCCUGAAACAUGGCGGAAUUGAAGGGGUAUAGAAGCAAUACUGACAUUGAGAAUUCACCAAACGGUGCCGUGUCUAACAACAAAGGUGUCGAUGCCAACCAGAUAGAUUUACAUGACAACCGUGUUGCUGGUACUGCAGAUGGUCCUGUGAACAGUAAACAUCAGGAUGACAAAGUGGAGAUUAAAAAUGGAAAAGAAAAGAAGAAGCCUCAACCUAUGGUUGGACUGUUUGAAGUGUUUAAAUUUGCCAAUGCAUUUGACAUUUUCCUGAUGGUCAUAGGAUCGAUAUUCGCGAUGGCCCAUGGAGCCAUGCUGCCCUGUAUGAUUAUUGUGUUCGGCAAAAUGAUCGACUUGUUCGUCGAUUCGGGAGUUUUGUCGACUUUCUUGGAUGAUGUUUCUGACUUUUUAGUGACAGUGAAUCUAACAAAAGUGGACAUCCUAAGGAAUCAGUCAGUGCUGAAUGGACCAGUGUGUAUGCAACUAGCUGUGUUCUAUAACAACACCAAAUCUUGUUCUUCCAUUCAAGUGGAUUUUGGUACAAUUAUGCUGGAUCAAAUGCAGACAUUUGCCAUAUAUUAUGUCAUUAUUGGGUGUGGAGUUAUGAUUCUUGCUUAUGGCCAGUUGGCGUUUUGGAUGACCGCAGCAGAAAGACAGACUCACCGAAUCCGCAUGAAGUUCUUCUCCAACUUACUGCGGCAGGACAUCGGCUGGUUCGACACCCACGAGUCGGCAGAACUCAACACACGAUUAACGGAUGACGUAAGCAAGAUCCACGAUGGUAUUGGUGACAAGAUGGGCAGCCUCGUCCAAUGGAAUUCGUGCUUUGUUGCGGGUUUUGCCAUUGGCUUUGCAUAUGGCUGGAAGCUGACGCUCGUAAUACUUUCCAUAAGCCCAGGCUUGAUCGUCUCUGCAGGCCUCAUGAGCCGGCUGGCAGCAUCCAUGACCAGCAAGGAACUGAAGGCGUAUGCGAAAGCAGGUGCAAUAGCUGAAGAAGUUCUUGGUGCUAUCCGAACUGUUGUGGCAUUUGGUGGUCAGAGUAAAGAGAUAGAGAGGUACACAGAAAACCUGAAGGACGCCAAGUCAUAUGGCAUCAAGAAAGGCUUCAGCACUGGUCUUUCCAUGGGCUUUGUGUGGCUCAUCAUCUUCUGUUCCUACGCCCUAGGGUUCUGGUAUGGUGCCAAGCUAACGAGAGACGAACCGGAAACCUACAAACCAGGAACCAUGAUGAUUGUUUUCUUCAGUGUUCUGAUUGGUGCGUUUUCUCUCGGCAAUGCGUCUCCCGGCAUCCAGAGUUGGUCGGCAGCGAGAGGCGCUGCAUAUGUCAUCUUCCAAAUCAUUGAUCUGGUGCCUAUCAUUGAUUCCACAUCAAACCAGGGUAAAAAGCCACAAAAAAUCAUUGGGGAUAUUGAGUUCCGCAAUGUCCAUUUUGAGUACCCUUCAAGACCUGGUGUUACGAUUCUUAAUGGUUUAAACCUGAAAAUAAACCAAGGUCAGACGGUGGCCCUCGUUGGUCCCAGCGGCUGUGGUAAGAGUACGACCGUUCAGCUGAUACAGAGGUUCUAUGACCCUGGCGAAGGGUCGAUUUUCAUUGAUGGCACCGACAUACGAGAACUGAACAUCAAAUGGCUGCGUCACCAUAUUGGUAUUGUUAGUCAAGAACCAAUCCUGUUUGGGACAACCAUAUCUGAGAAUAUCCGAUACGGUUGUGACGGAAUCACUCAGCAAGAUAUAGAGGCAGCGUCGAAGAAAGCCAACGCACAUGAUUUCAUCAUGAAAUUACCAGACAAAUACAACACGCUGGUGGGCGAGCGAGGGGCACAGCUCAGUGGGGGUCAGAAACAGCGAGUGGCCAUUGCCCGGGCACUCGUUAGUGACCCAAAGAUCCUGCUACUCGACGAGGCCACAUCUGCUCUAGAUAACGAGAGCGAAUCGAUUGUCCAGGACGCGCUGGACCAUGCUCGACAAGGCAGAACCACCAUUGUGAUUGCCCACCGCUUGUCCACAGUUCAGACGGCUGAUUCAAUAGCCGGGUUCCAAGAUGGCACUAUAGUGGAGCGGGGAACUCACUCCGAGAUGAUGGACAAACAGGGAAUAUAUUACAGCCUUGUAAUGAAUCAGACAAAGAAACAAGAGAAUGUAGAUGAUGACAAUCGUCUUGAAGAGGAUGAGGAAGAAAUUAUAAAGAUACUUGAACGACCUGUUGAACUGAAACGUAUGUUGUCCAGUGAAGACAAGAAAGUGGCGAGAAGCAUGUCUGCAACUGAAACCAAAGAGAAGGAAGAAGAGAAAGUUCCUGCGGCCCCGUUCAGACGAAUCAUCAAGAUGAAUGGCCCGGAAUGGCCGUUCAUUUUAUUUGGCUGCUUUUCGUCGCUCAUCAACGGAGGCAUGCAGCCAGCGUUUGCUGUUAUUUUCAGUGAAUUUCUUGGUGUAUUUCAAAAGACUCUUGAGGAACAGGAGCGGCUUGUUAGUAUGUUCUGCUUACUCCUCGUCGGUUUGGCCUUCCUGGCGUUUCUCACCAACCUUUUACAGGGAUUCAUGUUUGGUAAAUCGGGCGAAGAGCUGACUUUGCGUCUGAGAAAAAGUGCAUUUAAGGCAAUGCUAAGACAGGAAAUUGCCUAUUUUGAUGACCACAAGAACAAUGUUGGAGCACUGACCACCCGUCUGGCCACAGAUGCCUCCCAAGUUCAGGGGGCGACGGGAAUACGACUUGGCAUGGUGGUUAUGAAUAUUGCCAACAUGGGAACAGCUCUUGUGAUAGCAUUUGUGUACGGCUGGAAGUUAACCCUUGUUAUCCUGGCCUUUUUGCCGUUUAUUGCUGCGUCUGGUGCCAUAGAGAUGAAAGUCCUCGCUGGAGUAGCCGGUAAAAAUAAGGAAGCACUGGAAGGUGCCGCAAAGGUUGCUUUCGAGAGCGUUGAAAACAUCCGCACGGUUGCCUCCCUUGUGCGAGAACCGAUGUUUGUCGGGUUGUUCCUGGAGAAGCUGCUGUCUCCGUACCACGCAGCCCUCAAGAAGGCUCACCUGGUGGGGGCCUCAUUUGGGAUAUCUCAAGCCAUCACGUUUUUUGCCUACGCUGCAGCCUUCUGGUUCGGUGCCUACCUCGUGAAGGAAGGAGAAAUGAACUAUGUUGAUGUCUUUAAGGUGUUUGGUUCCAUUGUGUUUGGGGCGAUGGCGAUUGGUCAAGCCAGUGCGUUUGCUCCUGAUGCUGCCAAGGCUGGCGUCUCUGCUCAGAAGAUCUGCAUGCUCUUGGACAAAGUGCCAGCCAUCGAUUCAGAAUCCACAGAAGGCCGAAAACCAACCAAUUUCAGCAGUAGAAUACGUUUCAGCAAAGUGACGUUCCGAUACCCGACCCGUCCAGACGACAUGGUCCUCCAGGGUCUGUCUCUGUCCGUGGAGCCCGGGCAGACUCUGGCCCUCGUAGGAACCAGCGGGUGUGGGAAGAGUACAACCGUUCAGCUCAUAGAGAGGUUUUAUGAGGUGGAGUCGGGAUCUGUGAAUCUCGACUCUCAUAACAUCAAAGACCUGAACUUGUCGUGGUUUCGCUCUCAGAUCGGUAUUGUAUCACAGGAGCCCAUACUGUUUGACAGGAGUAUUGCAGAAAACAUCGCCUACGGUGACAACUCGCGUGUGGUUUCCAUGCAGGAGAUCAUCGAGGCUGCACGCGGUGCCAAUAUUCACAGCUUUAUUGCAUCAUUGCCAGAUGGCUAUGAGACGAAUGUUGGCGAAAAGGGGACACAACUCAGUGGGGGCCAGAAGCAGCGAGUUGCGAUUGCCAGAGCUCUCGUGAGAAAUCCUAAAAUCCUUCUGCUGGAUGAGGCCACAUCUGCUUUAGAUACAGAAAGUGAAAAAGUUGUACAGGAAGCACUGGACAAAGCCCAGGAAGGCAGAACGAGUAUAGUGAUCGCCCACCGCUUGUCAACCAUUCAAAACGCAGACAAGAUUGUCGUGAUCAAACACGGACAGCUAGCAGAAGAAGGGUCUCACAGCAGUCUUAUGGCUCAGCGGGGAUUUUACUACAAACUGAACAUGGCACAGAAUAAGCAGAGAUAAUCACCUGGAGUCUUUUAGAAAUUCUAAAUCCUAUUUCUUGUCAUUUCUUUUACAUUUUGAUGCUGGGCAUUUAAAAAGCUGUGAGAAUGUUAUGAAUGUGAAUGUUGUUAUUAUUAAUUUUUUUUAUUUUAUAUAAUAUUAAGUUUUCUAACUGAAAGAAUAAUAAUUUUCAACUGCUAGAAAUACAAGAUUACAUGUACUUAUAAAAAUUUAUUUAAAAAAAGGAAAGAGUAAAAACAUUUGCUACAAAAGUAUCGAAACAAGAAAAAUAGUAAUAAUUAAAAUUAUUAUCAAAUUCCAGUUCUAUAGGCUUAUUUUAUGUGGUACAUGUAUUCAAUAUUUAAUUGUAAUAAGAAGCAUGUAAUAUAUAUAAAAUAAUGUAUAAUAAGCAUUUUUGUGUUUUUACAAUGUUUUGUAAAACUGGUAAUGUUAAAACAGAUGGCUACAUAAUAUAUGUUGUGUGUUGUGAUAAUGGACAUUUUCUAAAUAUCCAGGAUUUAGAUUGGUUAAUAGCAUUUCAAGAUUAUAGUUUGGGAUUCCAUUAACUGAAGUAAAUAGUUGAAAAUAUCUUUGCAUUUGUACAAUAUGUAGUAUAUUAUUUGGAAAUUAUUGGUAUAAGACAUAAUAAUUUACCAGUACUAUUGUGUAUUUUUUAAUCAUAUUUACAAAAUAUAUUCCUUUGAUGUUUUUAUCAAUAUACAGUUAUUUUGUUAUUUGAUUUGAUGAUUAUGAUCAUGUGUAAACACAAAUUAAUAUUUAUGAUUCAUCAAAUGAUGCAGCACUCUGUCCAAACAGGCACCUGUGUAAUAUAGGAUUUCUAUGUUACCGGGACGAUCACAUCGCCUUAACAAGAACAGUCAGUCCCUUUAAAUCCAGUUUAGAAUGAAUCCACUGACAUUUCCAAUUGUUGUGUUACAUUAUCAUUUUGUUUAGAUGAUUUGGGUGAUAUAUCAAGACAUAUGUGGACAUACCUGUAUAUUUAGAAGCAUUCAUAAUUUACCAAAUGAUGGUUUGGACAAUAUACCUUCCUUUUAUUAUGUUAUGUGAUCAAGUUAAUCAGAUGGUGUGUAUGAAACAAUAUGCGACUAUUGUUUUGAAACAUAUUUACCAAAUAUUGAUUUUUUUUUAACAAUGUUAUUAUCUAUGUUAUUCUUUUUAAUGUGAUCACUUUGAUUAGAUGCGUUUGUUUGCAUCUGUAAUGAGUCCUAAGUGUUUGUUAUAUUUGUUAUUUUGAAUUUAUUGUUCAGAAUAUUCCUGAACUAUAUUUUAAGUUUGAUGUUUACCUUCAUUCAUUCAUUCAUUCAUUAUUCACUUAUUCAUUCAUCCAUCCAUCCAACCACACAUCCAUCCAUCCAACCACACAUCCAUCCAUCCAUCCAUCUAUCCAUCCAUCCAUUUGUUGAAACUGAUAGCUGAAAUCACUAUGCCAACAAGGCCAGUAAAUGUAGUUUUGUUACAAAUGGGUUCUUUUAUUAUAACAAUCUAAUAGUGCAAUUGUUAUUCUCUACAUAAAUAAAGCUCCACAAAAUAAUAAUCUAUUAUGAUCUUCCUAUACCUUAUUCAAGACAAUAGCCUGAUAAAUUUCAUUGUAAGUUUAUAAUAAAGACAUAUCCCCAAAACAUUUGUUAAAUAAUGCAUAUAUUCAUAACUUUUCUUUUUGACAUAAUGUGAGAUAUAUGUUUUCAAAAUAUAACAAAAGGUAAAACAUUUACCAAUUUUAUAUGGAAAAUAAUUUAUAGAUGUCUAAAACCCUUAUUACUGUACUUCAGGUACCUUUUUAUACUUUUCAUGUGUCAUUUUAGUUAACACCGCAGAAACUAUAUAAUGUCCCAAAGGUUAUUUACAAUAUAUAUUUAUACAUAUUACAGUUGUUUUUACUAAUCCAGUGAAACCCCUCUAAACUGGACACCCUCAUCAACCAAGUAAAAUGUCCACUUUUAAGAGGUGUCUGUUUUAGUGAGGUUGUGUUUUGUACAGAUUUAAAAAAUAGGAUCAUGAAAAAUGUCUGGUUUUGAGGGGAAUUCCGGUUUACAGAGGGUCUGGUUUUGCGAGGUUUCACUGUAUACCAGAUAAGCUUGUGUUUGUAAGACAUUGCAGUUUUUGGCACAGUUUUCAAUGAAUGAUGAUGUCGGUGUUAUAAUACUGAUAUAUUUUUGUGCAGUACUCAUUGAUUGCCUUACAAAAUGCAUUGUGAUGUUUUCUGAUUAUUUCUCUAUUACUUGUUAACAGUUUGUAACAUGGAAAUGUUUGGACAUUGAGAUUACUAUACACUGUCCAUUUGUUUAAUUGUGGUUUUGUAGUUUAAUAGUUUUUUGUAGUCUGGUAGUCUAUUUUUGUUAUUUAAUUUUUGUUUCACAGUUAUGAAUUAAAAAGCCAAGAUAUAGGUGUUCCUUUUUAAACAAACUUUAACUUUAUCUUUACAUUUUUGACAGCGAUGAUGGCACCAGAACAUUUGCAUUAAAGUUUAACAUAAAAGUUUGACGAUUAGAUCAGUUCUAGGUCAAUCAAACUUGGUUUAUAGUUACACCUAUUGAUAUUUCUCAUAGUGCACUGAAAACAGUUAUGGUAGAUGAGACCCUUAAUUUUUUUUCUCUCUCUUUUUUGUGAUAGGCUUAUUGAAAUAGUAAUAUUUAAAUACCAUUUGAGCUAACAUUUCACUGGUACAGCUCAGAUUCAGUUAUUCAAAGAAAGUUGAAACAAUUACAAUUGUAUACAGAUCCCUGUGUCUAGAUACAGAUACACUGAUCCCAUUAAACCUCAGGUGAGCAAUCUAACCACUGAGCUAUGUCAUGUUCAAGCGUAUUCUGAAGGAUGUAGCUCAGUGUUGGUAUUCCCUUGAUGUGCACAAUCCGAUACCAACCAGUGCUUUAUUAAAGAGACUCCUGAGUUUGCUGUCAUUGUAAUUACAUACUAAAUAUCGUUCUUGUUUAGAGUAUGCAUGCACUAUCUGUAUAUUCAAUGUGUUUCUGGUAAUUUUAAUGUCAGAAACUAGCUCAAACAGGAUUUAGUCUCCAAAUAUCUUUUACCUUUUUUGACACCCAAUAGCCCAUGUGUAUUUUUGUGCUGGGCUAUCGUUAACACUGGCGUAACGAGGAUUUUAUAUUGGGUUGGGGAGAGGGCAACUCUUAAUUGGAGUUUCACACAUUUAUUCAUUCAUUCAAAAUACGCAAAAAUAUAUAUAUUGGGCAAAUAAAAUGAAAUUUGAACUUGUACGUACACUAGGAUGACCAAAAACACAUUUAAUAUUAAGCCACUGAUAUUUAAUACGUAAAAAUGUGUUUAGUAUGCAAGAAGUUUCUGUUAGUCGACGUGUUAACAAUAGCAACAAACUCAGGACAGUUCCUUUUAACAUUAUGACUAUUGUAUAUGUACAUGAUAACUGGAGAAUUCCAGUGACGAAACCAAUCACAUAUCGAGUAUGACUAUCACAUUAUUUUAUUUACCUGUUAUACGGUUUUCUAUCUAUGUGUACUCCUCAAGUUGGUGAUUUGUUUUUAAAAAAAAUCUUUUUACAUGAAUACAUUUUUGCCGUAUACAAUUAAUGUCGCCUUUUGAAUUUUUCAGGAUAUAAUAUUAAUAAAUAACAUUUAGAUUU